AUGGAUUUGAAUGAAGAUGUCUUCUACGAGCUUACGCAUACGUCGGGGGCGAUCCUUAUGGGAGGGCAGAUCGCAUUAUACCUGUCCGGUGCUGUCCUCAUGCAGGUCAUAGUUUAUUUUCAAAUGUACCCCUCGGACAGUCCCAGGAUCCGAGCGAUGGCGAGUGUAUAUGUGAUCUGGUUUCUCGAUAUUCUUCACUCGACGAUGAUCUUCAUCAUAAACUGGGAAAACUUGGUCGUUGGCUUUGGAAACCCAGACACGUUCAGCCGUGCCAUAUGGCCCUUGACGAUAUCUAUAGGCUUAACGGCCGUGACUACCUUCUUCGUACAUGGAUUUUUCUCGUACCGUAUACACACCCUCAGCCGAGGCAAAUGGUACAUCACCGGAACUCUGGUUACGCUGUCUAUCGUUCGUGUAGUCUCAGCUAUAGUGUCUUGCGGAGGACUAACGGAUCGCAUCGUGGACCUACUCACCCUCUACACGGUGGAAACCGGCAUGCUAACAUGCAUCGUGACGACCGCAUCGCUCAUUUGCUGGGCAGCGAUGCCUACUACAUUAAUCUUCCUCUCUCUGCUCUUGUCUCUUGGAAAGUUGUACGCCAACACUUUCUUAGCAAGCCUCAAUGCGCGUAGAUCGCUCUCGGACAGGACGCAAACCGUCUCCACGGCCCCUGAAGGUCACUCCAUGUCCAUCCUGUGGCCAACCCCGCCUCGCUCCCAAAACCAGGUGAAACCAUGGGUGCCUCGUACUCGCGGAGCGGUCCCCCCGAAGCCGAUGGAAGUGACCAUCGACAUCGAGCACACGAUCCACCGGGAGGAUUAUCGCCGCGGGGUGCACGCGGUCGGCCGGGAACGCUCCAAUUCCUCCUUGGGUCUCGACAGCCGCGUGUUGGAAGACGCGAAAGACUAG